AUGGAGAUUCAGUUGAAAGAAGCUGUGAUUGUUACAGAUACUAGCUUGCAAUCAUUAUUCCCCACUGCUCAACUGCAAUCUGAAUGCACCAUGCAGGAGCCCCUCUUGAACCAUUGCUCCGGAAAAGAAGAAGCAGACACACCAAGCAGACCAUUGCCCGAGGAACUAUCAGUCCAUGAUCUUGGUCUUGCCCCAUCUCAAUUCCAGUGUAGUUCUCCUCGUAUCACUAAUGAAGCUAAGAAUUCUUUCAACCUCAUAGCCAACUUGGUCUACAUGAAAGGAAGGAUUAUCCAACGUUCUCGUUCUGCACCGUCUUUAUUAUUUGCUGACACCGGGGUAGAUUUUCAAGAGCCCUCUGAACCGCAUAAGUCAUCAACGUUAAUAGUUAGACUAUCUUUUAUUGGUGUUUUCUUGUAUGUGGCAACUGGGGUAGCAGUGUACAUGAUUAGUGGGAGUUUCAGGGGCAGUACCACUUUCAAGCCUUUAGAUGCUGUGUACUUUACUAUGGUAACUCUCUGCACAAUUGGGUAUGGAGAUAUCGUUCCUGACUCCACUUUUACUAAAAUCUUUACAUGUGGUUUCAUUUUGGUGGGUUUUGGAUUUAUUGGUUUUCUGCUGAAUGUGUUGGUUGCUUACAUUUGCGAUACACAAGAGGCUUUCUUGUUGAGCAUGAUGGAUGAGAAUAGAUAUAAGAAAAUUCUCAGGACGUAUAUGGUUGAUGCAGAGAAAGGAAGAAUGAGGAUAAGAACCAAAGUUUGUCUGGCCUUGGUAGUUGUCAUUGGGUGCAUAGCUAUAGGAACAGUCACAUUGCACUUUGUUGAGGACCUGAAUUGGGAUGACAGUAUUUAUCUCUCCAUCACUUCUGUUACAACGGUUGGUUAUGGGGAUUUUUCUAUCAGAACAGUAGCAGGAAGAUGCUUUGCAAUUAUAUGGCUUUUGGUAAGCACAUUGGCAGUUGCCAGGGCCUUUAUAUACCUCACUGAAUAUAGUAUUCACAAGAAAAAUCGUAACAUGGCAAAAAGGGUUCUUCAGAAGAAGAUAACCUUGUCAGAUUUAGCGGCUGCAGACCUUGAUAAUGAUGGAUCAAUCAGCAAGUCUGAAUUUGUCAUAUACAAGCUUAAGCAAAUGGGGAAGAUUACAGAGUUAGACAUUCUGCAAAUAGGGAAACAAUUUGAUUCCUUGGAACAUGGCAUGUUUGGCAAGAUUACUCUUGCUGACCUCAUGGAAACUGUCUAA